AUGGGCGGUAUAUCAGAUUGUCAUCAUUUCUUAUUAUUUCGAAUUCAUAUCAUUCAUAUUACACGAAAAUUGGAAAGAAAUUGUUCAAUGAACGCUCUCUAUAUCAUUAUCGGAGUUUUGGUUGUUAUUGUUUUCAUCAUUAUUGCUAUUUGUGUUUUCGGAAAGUGUUGCCGAUGUCGUCAACAGGAUUCUCCAGACGAAGUUAUAGAUUCCCCCGAUUCUUCUAAUCGGAAUAUUGCCAAUAAUGAUUCAGACAAAACAGAUGAAGAGCCUGUUGCACCCAAAAAUUCAUCAACUCCUCGAGAAUCGUCUUCAAAAAAACAUAAGAACCCUCCGAUUAGCUCUCCAGCAUUCCAAAAGUCACCUCCACUAGCCUUUCUGAAACAACCGUACUAUCACGAGCCACUGAAAGAAUUUAAGAAUAGUCACAGAACACCUCGCGACAAAAAAUGUCACGACCAUUCCCGUCCCUGUCGUCGUCAUAUUCCAUACUAUGAGACGGUUUAUCAGACAGAAUUCAAGAAAUCUCAUAGAUCCAUCCGUGAGAAAACGAACCAAUCUAACAAGACAGCUGAAAUGUCUACCAACGGAAACAUCUCUCCAUCAAUGAAAUCUCAAUGUUCUCAGAAGACAUCUAAAAGUUCUAAAAGAUCAGCUCGUAGUUCAAAAAUGGAGAAAACUCAAAGAGAUGACAGAUCGGAGAAGACGGAUAUAACAAGUAAAAGUGGAAAAUCAACCAAAACUGACAGAUCUGCCAAAACUGAGAUAACUGAUAAAUCUUCCAAAAAGUAA